AGUGGGCGGGGCUUUGUGUCUAAUCAAGCGUGUUGACUGACAGCCAAUGCAUUUGGAGAUUUGACAGUCUGGAUAGGUUUAAAAGGCCAACGAUCUCCAAACUUCAUCACUUGUUUUAGCACAGCUACAACUGGCCUGUCUAUUUACGGAAGUGAAUUUCUUUAAUCGUUUGAGUCGACUUUUUAAAACACAACAAAGAACUUUAAGAUGCAUUCAAAAGAGUUUGACAGCAGUUUGGAAGAUAUCACUGUCGAUGUUGAUGAUUCUUUCAAUCAAUCUGAGUUUGAGACCUCGUUUGAUGUCAGGGAUGUGAACUGUCAACGUGAUAAUCAACGUUAUACAGAACAUCGUCACUCGAAAUCGGACGUGUCUGAUGACGUCAGACUAAGAAUCAAUAGCAGGGAGAGACAACGAAUGCACGACUUGAACGCUGCUCUCGACAGUCUCCGUCAAGUCAUGCCGUAUUCACACGGGCCAUCGGUCAAGAAAAUCUCCAAGAUGUCGACACUUUUACUAGCCAGGAAUUACAUCGUAAUGUUGACCAAGUCUUUGGAGGAGAUGAGGAAACUCGUUCAAGACAUGUCGGCCACAAAAUCAGCGGAAGCACCAGUGUUGCCACCUAUUGCCAUUCCUACGGCAACUCAGUUAACAGCUCCCUCUAGUGACUUGGGAGGCCAGUAUUAUUAUCCAAAUAUGCCAACUGCUUCUUCUUCAAGAUUUUCUCCAUACAAGACCCCGGCGUUUGUUCCCUAUAUGGACCCUCCAACACAUACGUCAUCGCCGGUGUCAAAACGCGUUACGUCAUCAAAAAGGUCUCUCUCGACACCGCUUUCUGAUUCCACAAACACUCAUGUGCGUCCUUCGGUUCCAUUCAAACAUUCAGUAUCAGCUAUUCUGGAGGAUAAAAAGCCAUCACAGCCUGUUCCAUGUAAACCUACCCCAUCCAUGUAUUCUCUCAGCGAUGAAUCACAAGCGAUCGUGUCCGGAGCUAUUCCGAACGUCCAUCCACAUUUUCUCGGAUUUCCUCGACAGGAUUGGAAGCCAAUGUAUUGAGUGAAGGUUUGACAAUAUUUUGUGAUAAAUGACAUUGAGACAAUUGUUAGAUGAUAAAGUCAUUCUUUGUCAGGCUCAGAGACAUUGUUUAAAUAGAGCACUGCACAAUGACUUGAAUUAACCAUUAACUGUGAUACGAUUCUAUGUUAGAGGUAACAAGACGGUAUAUUUUCGUUCCUUUCUCUACUCUUUUACUGUCGAUCUAACUGUUUGUGUAUAUAUUGUAUAGUUCUGUAUAUUUGUGUAAAAUCCAAAUACUUAUGUCAGUAAUUUACCAUUGUAUAUAUGUAUAUUACUUAAAUAUGUAAAAUAUUGAUAA